AUGGCGACUGGUGGCGAAGUCGUGCUGCGUCUGGCUCUCCUGCUGAUGCCUCUGGCCACUACACCACUUCUUGCUGCCGCACAACCAAUGUUUACGAGCUCCGCCGCGUGUGAGCAAGGGCACUUCUGCACGAACGGGGUCAAGUUGCCUUGCGCACCCGGCAGGUUCGGCUCUUCUACGGAAGAGACGAGCUUCUUGUGCUCGGGCCUCUGCCCCGCGGGAUCCUUUUGCCCAGAGGGGAGCUCCAGCCCGGCCCCCUGCGGAAACAGUUCCGUUUACUGCCCCGCCGGCAGCUCGAGGCCAAUUGUCGUGUCUCCCGGGAACUACGCAGCCGGAGGGACGUCCGCCUCGGGGAGGAUCGAACAAGCGGUUUGCCCGAAAGGGUGGUACUGUCGGCAGGGGCUGGCAAAACUGUGUCCAGCGGGGACAUUUGGCGAACGAGAGGGGUUGCACGACGACGCGUGCUCGGGUCCGUGUCCGGCAGGGUGGUAUUGCCCACCGGGCGCAAUCGAUCCAUUCGCGCUCGCCUGCGGAGGGCCAGAGCACUACUGCCCCGAAGGCUCAGGCAGACCGUUGCCGGUCGAUCGUGGCUACUUCGCCGGAGGGAUCGGGAGCGAUUUGUCGGGGGCGUCCGGAGGAUUCAGCUUUCAGUCUCGCUGCCCGGUUGGACGCUACUGCGUGGGAGGGGUGUCGUGGCCGUGCCCCGCCGGCCGCUUCGGUGCGUCCGAGCUCUUGGUUAACUCUUCCUGCACGGGAUCGUGCCGCCCGGGCCACUACUGCCCCGAAGGGAGUCACCGAGCCGACCAGGUGAGGCAAGAAAAAGUGCUCGGCGUGCUGCCCGGCUCGUAA